AUGCUGGCUCUGGCAGAGUCCUUGACAGCUGAAGGCUGGCAGGUCUCCUUCUUCGUGCCCGAGUCCAAGCGCACACAGGUGGAAGGCGUAGGAGCCACGUGGUGUCAUUAUGGCACAGAAGACUGGGAUCUGUACGAGGGAGCAACACGUGCCUGUACAGAGCUUGGCUUGGAGAUUCCGAUGGAGAUCACUCCACAGAAGAUCAUGCCUUUCGCGGUUGUGCCGGCCACCUUGGACAUCUUUCCUUACCUGGUCUCUAAAAUGUCCGAGCUGCAACCCAGCUUCAUCGCCUUUGAUGCGGCCGCGCCGUAUGGCUACCUCCUUGCUCAACAUCUUGGCAUCCCUGCUGUGAGCUCUAUGUCCGCCUUGCCGAUGCCCAUGGAUGAGCGAGAACAGGAGAGCAGCAAGCGCUCGGAGCCGGGAAAAAAGCUGCUGGAUGCCACAUGCGCCGCGCUUGAAUCCAGAUAUGCGCUCACCUUCAACCACAACUAUGCCUACACCUGCUACAGCGACUACACCAUAGUCUGGUGUUCACGCUACUGGCAUGAGCAGAGCGCUGACUUCCCACCCCAACAAUUUCAUUACUGGGGGCCGUUGACCUCGCAGCGAAAGGGUGUUGCAGCUGGGCCCGGCACAGAUGCCGUCUCCCAGGCCCUCAGUGAAAGCUCAGGACGUUUAGUGCUGUGUUCGCUCGGCACCAUUGCCACCGGCGAUGCAUUCGGAAAAUUCGGAUCUGCUGUGGUGGAUUUCUUUCAUAAGCUCUGCCGAGCGGCUGUGCUGCUCGAGAAGGAGAUGCCUGAUGUGAAGUUGGUGGUAUCGGCUGGAAAGAGUGCAGAUCUUGUGGAGGAAGGCGGCCGCGUGACGCACCUUUUCGGGGAGGCGGUGCCAGGCAACGUUGUUGUUGCCAGGAGCUUGGACCAGCUGGCACUUCUUCAAAAGGCUGAAGCAUUCGUGACGCACUGUGGUCAAAACAGCUCCAGCGAAGCGGUCCUGGCAGGUGUCCCUGUGGUAGCCAUGCCGUUUUUUGGAGACCAGCCCUUGAAUGCGCAGCGCUUCAUUGCGCUGGGCUGUGGGCUUUUGCAAUCCUACGUCGAUGUCCCUCCAUCGGCUUCUGAUAAAGUUUUCCGACCUGAGCUAGAUCGAGUGUCCCCGGAGUCGCUGGCAACAGCCAUUCGCCGCGUGCUAGACGAGCCGCAGUUCGGCGAAACCAUGCGAGCCCUCCGCGAGAAGGAGGAGUCUGGAAAGUCGAUCGACGAGAAGCUGCAGAGCUAUCAGUCCGCAUAUAGCAUAAGCAUAGAAGUCAGGAGGUAG